GCCUGCGCAAGCGGCGUUUCUCGGUUCGCGAUGUGGCGUAACGCGCCUGCGGACUGGGCCCAGCGUGUCCUCUAUGACUUACCCAGAAGGCAACGUUUCAUUUUCUGGUCAAAAUGGCUGGCAAGCAGGCGGUUUCAGCAUCAGGCAAGUGGCUGGAUGGUAUUCGAAAAUGGUAUUACAAUGCUGCAGGAUUCAAUAAACUGGGGUUAUUGCGAGAUGAUACAAUGUACGAGGAUGAAGACGUAAAAGAAGCCAUAAGAAGGCUUCCUGAGAACCUUUAUAAUGGCAGGGUGUUUCGAAUUAAGAGGGCACUGGACCUGAACCUGAAGCAUCAGAUCUUGCCUAAAGAGCAGUGGACCAAAUAUGAAGAGGAAAAUUUCUACCUUGAACCGUAUCUGAAAGAGGUUAUUCGGGAAAGAAAAGAAAGAGAAGAAUGGGCAAAGAAGUAAUCAUGUAGUUGAAGUCUGUGAAUGCAGCUGUUAUGAAGAUGGUUAUACUUGAAACAAACAAUUUUAAGAAUUGUUUGGUCUGCAGAUGUUUUACUUUAAAUAAAUGUCUAUUGUAAUGGCUGGAGUUUUUGAAUUCCAAACCUUACACUGAAUAACUACUGAA